AUGUUCUUUUACCCUAACAACUCGGACUGGUUCUACCACCACCACAUCGUGGGGCCUAUCAUACAGGCUCACAACUGGCAGCUAACGAGACUUUCAAACAGAAGUCUCAGGUCAACCGAGAAGGCAGCCACCAAACACUUCCUCGAUUGGCUUGCCUGGGAAGGAGUCCGGCUUGGCAUUGGCCACGGACACCUUGAGCCCAGGGGUGAAAGAAACGAGUGGAGAUUCACAACCACACGUGGAAUCCCUGAGCUGGCCCUCCUGGUCAGGAGUAAGUGGGAUCAGGUUGGUGUUCCGCCCAACUUCUUCUUCUUCUUCCACCACACGACCAUGAAUUGCGCGGUACAGGCCUUUGCCGCCCGCCAACUGACUAUCCAGAGGAUCAGCAACGGAGACAUGGAAUACGCCAUGCAUAGGUAUGCGACGCGCGGGGAAGCACAUGAUAAGCAUGUGUUUUUCGUGGAGCAACUUGCCAGAGCCAUCUUGAUCCUCGUUCAGGGAUGGUUCUGGGCAGAGUAA